GGACAGUUCAGAACACGGGUGGGCGGUGCACACAGCGGGGACAGUUCAGAACACGGGUGGGCGGUGCACACAGCAGGGACAGUUCAGAACACGGGUUGUCAGUGCGCACAACAGGGACAGUUCAGGACACGGGUGGUCGGUGCACACAGCGGGGACAGUUCAGAACACGGGUGGUCGGUGCACACAGUGGGGACAGUUCAGGACACAGGUGGUCGGUGCACACAGCGGGGAAAGUUCAGGACACUCACGGUAAACAGCUUGCAUACCCUCAGCAGCAGGCGGCUCCAGACAGGGACGACCAGCAGGGUCCCUCAGCAGCAGAUCCCAGGGCACACAGCAGCAGACAGGGUGCAAGGGUGC